AUGUCCCAGAUCCAGGAAAUGUGCCGAAUCUGUCUCAAUCUCAAGCUGGAACCGGAUGACACCGCCGCGAUAACGGACGACAAGUUUCAAGCAAAGAUUCAAGCAGUUUUUAGCUUUGAGCUUCCAACCGAUGAUCCACUGCCCUGCCGGAUGUGCCGAGCCUGUUGCGUCAAAAUUGACGAGUUUUACGCGUUUCACGAGGCGGUCCGGUCCAGCCAGGUUCAGCUGCAGCUGAUGCUGAGUAGUGGAGCUGGCGAGGAGGUUGUCAAGCAGGAGCAGGCCGAUUCCGACCUCGAGGAGGCAAAGAUGACAGGCCACUUAACGGCAGGCAGGGUAAGGUUGGGAAGGGGAGAAAAGCAAAAGUUGGAGGAUGAGAACAAGCAGAUUAAGGAGUUUUUCAAGCUGGGUUGUGAAUCAUGUUCGGAGUGUUUCGAAUCGUUUGACCGAUUGCAGCGGCAUACCCGGAAGGCGCACGAUGCUCGGGCGAGUAUCAAGUGCUGCAAUCGAGUGUUUUAUAAAAAGUGCAAGAUAUUGGAGCAUAUUAAUUCGCACAUCGAUCCGAACCAGUUCCAUUGCGAUGUUUGCAACAAGAGUUACAAUAGCAAAUAUUAUUUGGAUCUGCACAACUUGAAGAUGCACUCCGACGAGGCGCUUCCGUUCAAAUGUGAGAAAUGCGGCCGCGGUUUUCCGAAAGAGUAUCUGCUGAAGAGUCAUUUGGAGACGCACGUGCAGGUUGUUUGCUCGGUAUGUAACAAAACGCUGGCUAGUUCGGCAACGUUGCGAAGUCACAUGGCCAACAUGCACAACGGCGGGACGAAGCAUAUCUGCGACACCUGUGGCCAGGAAUUUCGGACGAAACUCGCGAUGGAUCGGCACAUUAAGCAGCAUCUGGGGAUCAAUCCGAUCGAGCGGGUUCAGUGCCACAUCUGCAGCAAGUGGGUCAACGGGAAAUCUAACUUGAAGAUCCACAUUCGGACGGUUCACAACGAGGACAACCAGUCGGUAGCUUGCGAGGUUUGCCAUCAGAUGUAUCCGAACGAACGGGCCCUCAGCAGCCACCGGCGGCGUGUCCACGUGGAGGAGAAGUUCGAGUGUGAGUUCUGCGGUAAGAAGUUCAAGCGAAGCAUUUAUUUGAAGGAACACCGAGCUUCCCACACCGGACAAGCGCUUUACUCCUGUAACGUUUGCGGCAUGACCACGAACUCGAACGCGAACCUCUACUCUCACAAGAAGAACAAACACCCGGAACAGUGGCUGGAGGCCAAGAAGAAAGCCAUGACCGCGGCUUACGGAUGAAAGGGACCCGAAAUAAACCCAACACAAAGCGAAUAUCCUACAACUCA